AUGAAUGCAAGAGUAGGUCAACUGAACCCUUGGCCUCCCGAUCUUUUCUCUGGGUAUCUUUUGAAUGACACAGCACUCACAACCGACGACUUUAUCUGCAAGAGAGGACGAAGGAUUAUGGAGUUCAUGGUUGAUAGUGACUUUGUACUUUUAAAUGGUAGAACCAAAAAUGACUCGCCAGCCCAACCAACGUACUUCAACACAGGCACCUCAAUUAUAGACCUGGUAUGGGCCGACAUCUCCUCUCUACAUCUCAUUGCUGACCUAGAAGUCAUCCUGGAGCCUUCUCUAUCUGACCACUAUCCAAUAUGCUUAAGCAUUCUGACUGAAUCUGCUAAUCAUUACAUGCCCAACGCACACAAAAAAACUGCUAUCUCCUCACUAAAAUCAAAUGGUCUGACAAUGCUAAGGAAGAAUACCAAAGACGCCUACUUGCUAACCAGGACCUGUCGGAUACUCAGGAUUCUGACACAGACAAACUGCACGAGCUGA